CGCCGGAAACAGGACCGCUCGCCUGCUCGGUCCGGUCCGGUACGGACCGCCGGCGGCUGGUCCAAACGAAGGCUCGGUCAGGGACCGGACCGGACCGGACGGUCCGGACCGUGUCCACCUUGACCACACCGCCGCCCCUCAGCCAACCCCGACCAUGUCCUCUGCGCCUACCGUCUAGACAAGCGGCUAGGGUUUCACGCCGCAGCCGUCGCCGUCGCCACGCACCUCCCGCCGCUGUCGGCUCCACCCCCCUGACUACGUCCUCUGCCUCCUACCGUCGCCUCCGGACACGUCUCCUUCGCCAGCAGAUCGACGCCGCCGCCCAGCUCGACCUCCUCCCUCGUCCCGCGGCCGUAUAGUUUGAUCGAGAUGCUGCACGAGAAGCACGUCCAGAUCGGCCAACUGUCCGAUGAUGGAGAUGGAACAAACAAGGCGUGGACAGGGGAGAAGAGGCACCGCAAGGACCUGCCCGCAUCAUCUUCCCAUGCUCCUGCCACUGCCCAGCACCAUGGAGACGUGGAGGACACCAUCCAAGGGGGUCAAGAUCUGAUUCCUCAUGCGACAGACAUGGAGCCGCUGCUCAGAACAGAUUCGGCGCACGAAACAAGCCAGGAUUGCUUCGGGCCGGACGUCCUCAUCAGCGAGGAGGACGAAACCCGUUUUGCCCAACGUUUGCGUCCCAACAUUCCUCUUCCUCGUACUGACCUGCCACUUUAUAUGUCAUGGGAGGAAGAAGACAAGAUAGAAGCGCGCCUUGGACGCCUUCGCAUCACUUAUUACAAGGAUGUGAAGCCGGAGUGCGCACGUGAACGUGAGCUUAAGGAACCAGAAGAAUACACUGAUGCUGAACUUGGUGAGGAGUUGUACUUUAAGCGGUUAGAGGAGGAUGAAAGUUUUGAGUGGUUCGUCCAUCCUGAUGACACCUAUAAAGCUGGAUUGAAUGACUACCAACGGAUUGCCCCUCGUAAUUUUUGGAUUACAGAGUAUUUGCAUCUGGAUCGCAGGACCAAGGCUUGGUUAGAAUUGGAUACUAGAGCAUGGAGGCAAGCAUUGAGGAUUGCAACUGACUUUGCCCAUAUUACUGUUCGUUUAGCUGCUUUUGCUUAUAAUGUAAGAUAUCUUGUCUUUUGCUAA